AUGAUGAGCUUUGAAGGAGGCACGGGCUACGCCGAGUCGGACGCUGACGACGAGUAUGAGCACCUGGGCGACCACUCGCCGGUGGGCGACUCCGAGACAUCGCCUAUAGGCUCUGAGCUGUCGACGUCUGCAGAGCAUACGCCCACGACAUACGGCCAUCGCAGCAGCAUGGACCGUCUGCCCGAGACCAUCGUCACCGAGUGGACGGCGGAGGAGUGCGCCGACUUUAUCAGUGCCAUCGGACUGCCGCAGUAUGCCGACACAUUUCUAGAAAACGACAUUGUUGGCGAGGCCCUGGUUGCCCUGCUGCACGACGAUCUCAAGAGCAUGGGCAUCGCUAGUGUUGGUCACCGUCUGACGAUCCUCAAGAGCGUCUACGACGUCAAAAAGGCUCAGGAUAUCCCAAUUGAGAGCGACCAAUAUCUGCCACUCUCCGCCGAUGCCGAAGCUCAAUAUGCUACUGCAACACUCAAAGAUAUCAAACGACUGGUGGACCAGCUGCGGCUGCGAGACGAGCGGAUGAGCCUCCUAGAGCAAGACCUGCGGCGCAUGAAUGAGGAUUUCAAGCGCCUCAGAGAAGAUAUGCUGCCGGCACUGCGGCUUGUCAAAGAUGCUCAGCACCCGCUGCCGAAUGUCAGCGGCCCCGGCCAAGCAUACGCAUACGAGUCCACCCUCUCUCCGCCCGCACCGACGCCGCCCGGAGCCCAGCCCGGCGACAAAGGCAUCAAGCGACAGUAUUCCCAGCGACGAAUCUUGAUUGGAGCGACGCCCAAGAACAACUCUCCGACACAGGCCACGCACGACCAGCGAAUGAUGUCGGAGCAGACGCUGGACCCGUCCAGUGCGGCUGAGAGGGCAGUCAUGUCGUCGUCGCAUCUGGCGGCCAUGAAUGGCGGCAGCCAAUCCGCCUCGGCCACAAACUACGCUUCGGCUUCAAAUUAUCCUUGGCCAGCCGUACCAUCGCCCACAUCGCCGCAGAAUCACUUGAGCGGAACUACUCUGGGAUCUCGAACUUACAACUCUACCACGCCUUCCGUAAGGACGACGUUUGUCGAUUCCGAUCUCAGCUACAAUUCACGAGAUAACAAGCUCACCGGGUCCGGAUCGAUUCGACGUCGCGAAACGCCCGUCCCCGAGACGCCAGGCUCAAAUAGCUCUGUCGAAAUCUUCAAGUCGUUUAGAGUGGAAAUGGACGAUCCGUGCCACAAGGUGCUACCGGCCGCGCUGAAGAAGUAUCAAAUCAAUGCGCCCUGGGACCAGUAUGCCCUUUACAUCGUCUACGGAGACCAGGAGCGUUGUCUCGGCAUGGAUGAGAAGCCCCUGAUCCUGUUUAAGCAGCUGGAUAAGGAGGGCAAGAAGCCCAUGUUUAUGCUGCGCAAGAUUAAUAGCGCCCAGACGGAUGGUGGCAUGGGCAUGGAUCCGGCCAGAGGAGCUACGCCAUAUGACCCGCCGGGAGGCAUCAUCUGA